AUCGGCAGAUUGGUUAUUGGACAGAAUGGUAUCUUAUCCACACCUGCUGUUUCAUGUAUCAUCCGAAAGAUCAAAGCAGCUGGUGGAAUUAUUCUAACAGCUAGCCAUAGUCCUGGGGGACCUGGAGGAGAGUUUGGAGUCAAGUUUGAGGUGGCCAAUGGAGGACCAGCUCCAGAUAUAGUUUCAGACAAAAUCUAUCAAAUAAGCAAAACCUUGGAGGAAUAUGCCAUUUGUCCGGAUCUCAGAGUUGAUUUAUCACGCCUAGGAAGACAAGAAUUUGAUCUGGAGAACAAAUUCAAACCUUUCCGAGUGGAAAUUGUGGAUUCUGUGGAUAUCUACCUCAGUCUCCUUCGAAGUAUCUUUGACUUCAAUGCGAUCAGAAAUUUGCUGACCGGACCCAACCAGAUUAAAAUAAGGAUCGAUGCCAUGAAUGGAGUUAUGGGACCUUAUGUGAGAAGAAUCCUGUGUGAUGAACUGGGAGCUCCUGCAAACUCUGCCAUAAACUGUAUUCCUCUGGAGGAUUUUGGUGGACAGCCUCCUGAUCCCAAUUUAACAUAUGCAACUGCCUUGCUGGAGGCUAUGAGAGGUGGCGAGUAUGGAUUUGGAGCUGCUUUUGAUGCUGAUGGAGACCGGUACAUGAUCCUUGGCCAAAAUGGUUUCUUCGUUAACGCGUCAGAUUCAUUGGCUAUAAUUGCAGCCAACCUGUCUUGCAUUCCAUACUUCUGUCAGAUGGGUGUCCGAGGAUUUGGCAGGAGCAUGCCUACCAGCACAGCCCUGGACAAGUAA